AUGGUCCGCGUCAAACAUCGCUACCUCCUCCUCGACAUCCUCUACCCAGAACCCUCCUCCUGGCCCACCUCCUCGACCAUCAAAACUAAAUUGCCAUCGCAGACUGACGCUCAGCUCCGGAUCCACUCGCCCACCUCCGAUGCGCUGACCCCGGCCUUACUCGCGAAGAUGGUGAGGGAGGAAGUCGCGGAGAUUUUCGGGGACUGGGGUGUUGGUCGGCUGGGGGGUGUUAGUGUCAAGUAUUUGUCGCCUGCCACGUCGACGGCUAUCAUCCGAUGUCCGCGCGCAUCGUUCCGUCUCGUCUGGACGGCUCUUACGUAUAUGUCGCAAGUACCGGAUUUUAAUAAUGGUGGAAUGAAGAAAGGCGCUCCUGCGGCUGGGGGGAAGAUGCGCUCGUGUGUAUUUCGUGUUGUGAAGGUGUCGGGGACGAUGAAGAAGGUGGAGGAGGAGGCGAUUCGGCGGGCGCGCAGGGAGAUCUCGCGGUUGACGGGGGCGGAUGAGAUGGGGGUUUUGGAAGGGUUGGUUGGAGGGUUGGAGGGCCGGGAGACUGCGGCUGGUAGUGGGUUGGCUACUGCUUCUGUGCGAGAUGUGAUGGAUGAGGACGAUGUGGAUAUGGAGAGUGAUGAUGAUGAGGAUUGA